AUUCCAAGUAAGGAAGGUCCCACGCAAGACCACGUAAGAGACCACGUUAUCAAUUUCCAUGCCAGUGCCAACAUUUGAUAAAUAGUGAGUAUCACCCAUAUCAAGUAACCACACAACAUCCAACACCAGAAAAAAUGUCAUCAACAACCACACCCCCCCUCGCAAUCCGCCCCGCCACAAUAGCAGCCUCAGACCACGAGCUCCUAGUCGACUUCCAAGAAUCCCAAAUUCCCUGGCUCUCAACCGUCGGCAGCGCCGACCAAUGGGGCACCAAAUCCGUCCGCGAAGCCAACCCGGCCGUUACUCAAAAAGCCCGCUUAUGGAUCGAGAGGAGUGAGCAAAACGCUCCAUGGGGUAGUGAGUGGUGUCGCGCCUCCAUUGCGGAAUCAAGUAGCGGUGUCCCCGUGGCGGGAUUGGUGCUAGAUUCGAAGGCGCCGGCAUAUGUCAGCUCUGUUCUGCCGGAGCAGGAUGAGAGUGAUCCGUUUGUGUAUCUGGCGUACCUCAUUUCGAAUCGCGAUGCGGGGGAGGAGAGGAAGGGGGCUGCGGCGGCGCUUAUUGGGUUUGCUAAGGAGCAGGUUAAGAGUACGGGGGUGAAGCGGAUAUGUGUUGAUUGUUUUAGGGGGAAUGAUCGGAAGUUGGUCCGGUAUUAUGAGAGUCAGGGGUUUAAGGUUCUUGAAGACUUUACGGCGGGGGAGAAGGAGUGGCAGGGUUGCGUGUUGGAGAUGCGCCUUUAAUAAAGUGGUGGUGAUACGCUCAAGCAAUGAUGGACGAGGAAUUUAUUUCCUGGAAGUGACCUUGAUUGGGAUGAUCAUGAGCUGGCAGAACCUGGUGUAGAGAAACAGCCCCUUUGAAAAUCGGCCGUGACUUUACCACAGAACCACGAAGAAGAAGGGCAAGGCGUUUGGGAAGACUGCUGGGUAUUUGAGACGUUGCGCUGCUUCCUGCGCAUACACGAAUCGUGAACAUCAUCGCCAGCCAUACUGUAAAUUCCGGAAGUCAAUUUGAGAAGAUUCUGUGCCUUGGAAUGAACAAUGACAAUAAGAAGAAAAUCCUUUGCCCGUUGUUUGAAAGCACGGGCGUGACGGAAAUAAAAACCAGGCCUGGUGAGAGAACGGGACAAUAGUGAGGAUACUAGGCGGUGACAGGAGUGUAGUGAUAGUGAGAACUCAGGGUGAUGACAAGAAUGUAACGACGGUGAUAGCCUACCUGCC